AGUUUAUAAAACAUUCAUCAUGUUUUCUGCCGAAGCCAUCAAUGGAACCGUUGCACCUCUGUAUGGAUCGAUACACUGUUCAUUUGGAUCUAAUCAGGACAAUGGACCCUGAUACUAAAAUAUCGGCCGUUUGCUGUGGUUUUCAUUUAUUCCAGGAUUGCAUUCAAAAGAGUACACAAUCUCUAUGUGAGCCCAAAACUGGUAUCGAAACCGCGGAUUAUAUUAUGAGUAUAAUCAAUUCAAUGACAAACGAUGUGUUGGAUUUUACGUGCGGACGGUUUGAAAAUAUUGAGAAGUGCGACAAAUAUAUGGAAGAAAAGGCUUGGAAUGCAUUAAAAGAGCCAAAAAGUGCCGAAGAAAUAGUGACCGAAAGAGCGAAACAGAAAUUUGUUUCACCGAUUCCUGCAUUAGUGGCUGUCAUCACAAACUAUGAGCUC